AUGCACAAAACGGCCAAAAUGCAUACGUUAACUACGAUAGCAAUUGUAUGGGUGGUGUUUGUGAUUCACAUUGCCCCCCACUGCCUAGCGGCGGGAGUGCCAGUGUCGGGACCGGUAAAGUUAAUCGACGAGGAAGCUUGCUCUCAGUUAAAAACGCUCUGCCCGAAGAGUGCAUUGGCUGCCGAAGAUAUCAAAACACUGGAGUGCGUUCAGUCGCUACAUCCGGAACAGAUCGACAGUCUCGAACCGGAGUGUCAGCAUCAGAUCUGGCUUCAUACGACCGCACUGAUGGACGAUGCCAACUUGAAACGCAUGAUCCAGAAAGGAUGUCCGAAGGACUUUAUGCAGUUCCCCUGCUCCCAGAGCCAGGAACCUGGACAGUUUUUGGCUUGCAUCAUCGACCAUCGGAACGUUGCGAAGGGCAAUGGUUGCAUCAGCUACAUUAAGCGACUGGAAUGGGUUGCCUUCUCCGAUUAUCGUUUUAUCAAGCGAUUCCUGGCGGACUGUACGCGCGACAUUGAAGCGUUGGGUUGUGGGCGUGUUGCAACUGGUAGCGAAAAAAAUGGAGAAAAAAUGUCCCAAGGUGAAACCGUCGCCUGCCUGCAAAACUCACUGGACAGUCUGAAUGAGGAGUGCAAACGUGAGGUUCUUCACCUGUCCGAAGUUCAAUCGGAAGACUUGUCGCUCGAUCGGCAGCUGGAUGUUGCCUGUUCGAACGAUGUGUUCCGCUUCUGCCAGUCGCUCCCAUCUGGAUCGCCACAGCUGCUGAAAUGUCUCAUGAAGCACCGCAACGAUCCGGAUAUGUCGAAAAACUGUCAGCAGCAGCUGCUGCGCCACGAUCGGCUCGUGGUACACGAUUACAAAGUAUCGCGCGGUCUUACGAGGGCCUGCAAGGAAGACAUCAAAACAUACCGGUGUCGGCGAGGUGUGUCCGAUGACAAGGACGUACGGUUAGCACAGAUCCUGCUGUGUCUCGAAGCGGUACAAAAGAACAGCACCAAACUCAUGCCGGAGUGUGUGGCAGAAAUAAACGACCAUCGAAGAAUGCUGCUAACGGACUACAAACUGUCGCCCGAAAUUUUGACGGGGUGUGAAAAUGACAUUGAAAAGUUUUGCAGCAAUCUGGACGCGGGCGGGAAAACGAUCCACUGUCUCAUGGAGCACGCACGGUUGAAGAAAAAAAAGGAACGCCGUGUCACCGACAUCUGCCUCCGUGCGCUAGAAACGCUGGUGAAGGUGACGGAUGUAGGGGAGGAUUGGCGCGUGGAUCCAGUACUGCGAAAGGCCUGCAAGCCCGUCGUGGAUGUGGCUUGUUCCGACACGGAUGGAGGCGACGCACGAGUAAUGUCAUGUCUGAUGGAGAAACUCGGCACAAACUACAUGAACGUGGAGUGUGAAUCGGCACUGCUGCAGAUUCAGUACUUUGUGGCAAGAGAUUUCAAAUUAGACCCGCAGCUUUACCGCAACUGUAAGGAUGAUGCUAUUCGGUUCUGUAAAGCGAAGAAGACCUGGGCCGAUCUAGACACGGCGCAAAUGGACCCGGAACGGGGUCCUCUAAUAUUGCCCUGCCUGCACCGGUACGCUUACCCGGAAAAAGAGGAAAUGCGCCUCAAACCCGAAUGUUUACAGGAGGUUAAGCGCGUGAUGCGCCAGCGGGCUAAAGCCGUCGAUCUAAUACCGGAAGUGGAGGAUCAAUGUUUGGACGAUCUCGCAUACUUUUGCUUCGAUAAAACAGGCAAAGGGGAAGAGAUGCAGUGUCUGCAAGAUAAUCUCGAGAAGCUACAGGAAGCGUGCAAAACGGCCGUAUCCCAGUACACCGAGGAGGAAGCAGCGCACGUUGAGCUGAACCCAAUCAUUAUGUCCGUGUGUGCCGAUGCGAUGGAAAAGCAUUGUGCGACCGUUCUGAAGACUGGCCGCGACGAGGGCGAAAUGAUGGAAUGUCUGAUCGGGGCGAAGAACUUGCCGGACAUGCGCGAGGACGUCAAAUGCCGGGCGGCGGUUGAACAUUUUCAAAUCAUUUCGCUGAAAAGCUUCCACUUCACGUACAAAUUUAAGGAAGCCUGUCGGUUGCAUGUGUCUCGCUUUUGCAGCAAAUGCACCACCAAGUACGAGGUGGUAGCGUGCCUAAGUGAAGUGAUGCGCAACGAUACGAUCAAGGAAGCGAAACAUUCCAUCCCGAAAGAGUGUCGUCAGCAGGUGCGUGCGCAACUGUACCAGCAGCGGGAAAAUAUCGACUUUGAUCCGAAGCUUAAAGCGGCCUGCAAGGAGGACAUUGUGCGCCACUGUCCACAGAUACCGCACGGCUCGGGACAGGUGAAUACGAACAAUGUACUGGAAUGUUUGCAAACUCACCACGGCGACCUGACGGAACCGUGCCAUCAUCAGCUGUUUUCGAUUAAAAAGUCCGAACUGACGGACAGUGCGACCGAUUACACGCUGCUCAACACCUGUAAGGGCAUGAUUCGCCAGUACUGCCAUGACACCGAACCCUCCAAAAUGCUGCACUGCUUAAAGCUCCACAAGGACGAAUCGUUGUUUGACGAUCGGUGCCAUCUGGUGGUGGUGAAUCGGAUGAUCGAGCAGAAUCUUGACUACCGGUUCAAUCCCGCACUGCAGGCAGCGUGCUCGAAAAAUAUUGCAGAAUACUGCACGCCCAUCAUACGCAAUGCCAAGCAGAACGAGGAACUGAAUGGGAAGGUGAUCGACUGUCUGAAGAUCCGGUUCCGGGAGGGUAAACUGUUGCCGGAGUGUGAGAAACAGAUGACGGAGGUGUUGCACGAGCGGGCCUUAAAUUACAAGCUAAAUCCACUGCUCCAGAGCGUGUGUCACGAUGAGAUUCUGGUGCUGUGCAAGUCCGUCUCCGAGACGGACACGAACGAGGAUCAUGGAGCGGUCGAAGAGUGUCUGAAGCAGGCUUUCAUUGAUAAGAAAUUGAUUAACCGGGCGUGCAAAGUUGAGGUGGCCGAGCUAAUUCAGGAGGGCAAAGCGGACAUUUACGCCGAUCCGCUGCUUCAGCGAGCUUGUUCGGUGGAUUUACUGAAAUACUGUUCCCACAUCCAAAGUGGCAACGGACGCUUACUAAAAUGUCUGGAAGGAAUUCUGCAGGGUGAAAGCAAAGCACUGGAGGAUGAUUGCAAGAACAAGCUGCUAAUUCGAUUGGAAAUGUUCCAAAAUGCGGCCGCCUUUGUUCCACCGGCGGAAAGUUUCCAUCAGCUGUACGACCAAGUGGUUGCAUCGCCUUCAAAACACUACUUCUUGCUCGUACUGUGUAGCUUCAUCGGCAUCAUCUUUAUCAUCGGACUGCUGUGCGGUCGCGUAACUCACCGUACGAUGGCACUGAAAAACAAGUAG